GACAGGGAGGAAAAUGCCUGAGCUAAUGAGGAGCCCCGGAAACUUUGAGGCAAUCUGUCGAGGCCGGGAAGUCUUCUCGGCUUCUGGCGCUGACCCGGCAAGAUGCGGUCGUCCCUCGCUCCAGGCGUCUGGUUCCUGCGCACCUUCUCCAGGGACAGCUGGUUCCGUGGCUUCAUCCUGCUGCUCACCUUCCUGAUUUACACCUGUUAUCACAUGUCCCGGAAGCCCAUCAGCAUUGUCAAGAGCCGUCUGCAUCAGAACUGCUCCGAGAUGAUCAACCCCCUCAAUGACACCCACAGUCUCAAUGAUACCACAUGGUGCAGCUGGAGUCCAUUUGACAAAGAUGACUACAAGGAGUUACUGGGGGCCGUAGACAACGCCUUCCUUGUGGCCUACGCUAUCGGCAUGUUUAUCAGUGGGAUUUUUGGGGAACGGCUCCCCCUCCGUUACUACCUUUCAGCUGGAAUGCUGCUCAGUGGCCUUUUUACCUCCCUCUUUGGCUUGGGAUAUUUCUGGAACAUACACGUGCUGUGGUACUUUGUGCUCAUCCAAAUCUGCAACGGACUUGUCCAGACCACAGGCUGGCCCUCCGUCGUGGCCUGCGUUGGCAACUGGUUCGGGAAGGGGAAGCGGGGGUUCAUCAUGGGUAUCUGGAAUUCCCACACUUCCGUGGGCAACAUCCUGGGCUCUCUGAUUGCCGGCGUCUGGGUGAACAGUCAGUGGGGCCUGUCAUUUAUUGUGCCUGGCAUUAUCACCGCUGCCAUGGGCAUCUUCACCUUCUUCUUCCUCAUCGAGUACCCAGAAGAUGUGGACUGCUCACCUCCACAGCACCAUGCUGGCCCAGAGGAGAGCCAGGACAACCCUGAGGACCCUGGGGACAGUUCCUACUCCCACAGGGAGAGCAGCUGCUCCAAGGAGCCGAGUGUGGAGCCUGCCGCCAUCAGCUUCCUGGGCGCGCUCAAGAUCCCGGGUGUGAUCGAGUUUUCUUUGUGUCUGCUCUUUGCCAAGCUGGUCAGCUACACAUUCCUCUACUGGCUGCCCCUCUACAUCUUCAAUGUGGCUCAUUUCGGGGCCAAGGAGGCUGGGGACCUGUCUACACUCUUCGAUGUUGGAGGCAUCAUUGGUGGUAUCAUGGCCGGGCUCGUCUCUGACUACAUCAACGGCAGGGCCACCACCUGUUGCGUCAUGCUCAUCUUGGCUGCCCCCGUGAUGUUUCUGUAUAACUCCGUUGGCCAGAAUGGGAUUACCAGCUCCAUCGUGAUGCUCAUUAUCUGUGGGGCCCUGGUCAAUGGCCCCUACGCACUCAUCACCACAGCUGUCUCUGCUGACCUGGGAACUCACAAGAGCCUGAAGGGCAACGCCAAGGCCCUCUCCACCGUCACAGCUAUCAUUGACGGCACUGGCUCCAUAGGUGCGGCUCUGGGCCCCCUGCUGGCGGGGCUCAUCUCCCCCACAGGCUGGAACAACGUCUUCUACAUGCUCAUCACUGCUGACAUCCUGGCCUGCUUGCUUCUCUGUCGGCUGGUGUACAAGGAGAUCCUGGCCUGGAAGGCGGCCCUGGGCAGAAACCGAGGCUAUAAAGAAAUAUGAGGCCUCAGGUGGAAGUGAAUCAUGGAGGGUCCCAUGGGGUCCCCAAACAGCUCCCCAUGGGAAGACAACAGGAACUUCUGGUGAGGGGUGAAGCGAAGACUCCUGAUCAAACCUCAGCCAGCCCAGCUCAACCCACAGUCUGCUAAGGGUGCCAAAGACUCGCUGUGGGAAAGGGACUGCCAUGCAUGAGGACACGGAGCACUCGCGAGCUGCAGGCAGAAGGGACGGGAUCGGCACACAGCCCCAGACUCUGGCUUGUUCAGAUUCGAGACAGAGGCAGGGGCCCUCUAGGUCACAGGUGCGUCUCUCCUUCCUGUGUUAGGUUUUAACUUCUGUAAUCAGCCUGUUACCCCGCCUCUUUUUCCCUUGGUCACGCGCCAGUCUUCUCUGUGUAGUUCCCCAAAUUUGACCUCUCCUUCUAUCUUCCUCUGAGCUGUUCAAAACUUCCUCUGUAGCUUUGAUUAAAGCACUGUGACAGUUCCUCCAGCACUAGGGCAGGCACCGGAUAUAAGGGGCCCGCGCGGGUGACAACGGGAGACAGCCUCCCUGGCCUCACCCUGGUCCUUGGCCCUGCCGAUGUGUGGGUGGUGGCUGGUGACAUCAAGGUCAGUCAGUGCUGUGGGGACUGAUGGGGUGAGCACGGCUGAAAAUAUCUGCAUGUGUAUUAAGCAAUUUGAGAAUGAAGUGCCCGUGGUCACCGAGUGCCAGUGCUCCUGUAGGCAUGAAGUGGACAGUGGACAGAGAAAAAGGACAUGUGCCCUGGGCACAGCCGCCAGGGUGGCAGGACUGGCGAGGAACCAGAGUGCCACCUGGUGUGUCGAGCAGCUGCUAACACGCAGUGCACCAGUGCCCGGCUGCACGCGCUCUACCCCCAGUCCUGGACUGUGACCCACCCCCUGGGCCCCUGGCCUUUCCGCUCGACCUCUUCAGCUGCCCAUCAACACCAAUAUAGAUCUCUUUUGCCAGCCGGGGCUGUGCUCAUUCUUGGUAGGGUACAGCAGCGGCAAGUGGGGUUCACACGGGGAGAUGAGGCCGUGU